AUGGAAAGCCGUCCCCCGCCGCCCUUGUCCGAUCUUCUUCCUCCUGAACUGUUGUCAAAAAUAGCAGAUGGUCUAAGCCUAAUCGAUCUUCUGAGUUUCCGCAGUGUCUGCAAGGCUUGGAACUCUGCUUCUUCAACAGCUUCAGCUCAGAAUGAAUCUUCAUAUGAACCCUGGUUUUUACUGUACGAGGAACAUUCUGAUCAAUGCCAGUUGCUAAUAUGUGAAAGUGGUAAAAAGUACACCAUCACAUUUUCAUCCCCUCCCACUUGUCAAGAUUGCAUUGUUUUUGUCAUUAGCCGUAUCAAUGAUUUAAAACUGGAGCUGAAUGUUCUUCAUCGCGGAGCCAAUGAAUGGAUCCGACACAAGCGCAAUUUCACCCCAUGUCCAGUUAACAGAAUUGAAUGUGGUGCUUUUCACAAUGGAGAAUUCUAUUUUUUCGCCUGCGGAGGAGACAGGUUGAUCCAGGUCGUUGUCACUGCUGCCGGCAAGCUACAGUGCCAGUGCUUUUCCAUUAUUCCUGUUUCGGCACCGGCACCGGCACCAGCACCAGCACCAGCACCAGCAUCAGCACCAGCACCAGCUGAAGAUGAAAUUGUAUCAUUGAGAGAGGAAAUGGGUUAUUUGGACAAAAAGAAUGUGAAGCAGCAGCUGGGGAUGGGAAGGGACGUUUCAAUUUCCUCAUCCAAGACCAAGAGCCCUGAUUUUAAAGGGAUUUGGAUCCACCCAAGAUUCUGUCAAAUCUCCCCAAUUCACCAGAGUUGGUGA